AUGACUUCUGGUCAGCUAAAGAUUGCCGCCCUGGGUCGACCUUUCACCUUAGGGAUGCUCUAUGAUGCUCGCAGUGAUGCACUGAUCCCAGGUUUCACAUUGUGGGAUAUCAACACUUUACAAGAGAACACAGCUGAGAAACCACAGCCCAGCACUUACGUUGACUUUACAAAAUCUGACACCAUUGAAUCCAAGUCCUCUCUGCUGGAUGUUAACGCAUCUCUGAAGGCAAGUUUCCUGAGUGGACUGAUUGAAGUUGGAGGAUCUGCCAAGUACCUGAAUGAUCAGAAGAAAUUCAAGAAUCAGAGUAGAGUGGCUUUUAAGUACAAAGCUAAAACCAACUUCAAGCAGUUGUCCAUGACUGAACUUAAAAACCUGAAUGAGCAACAGAAAGAUGUUCUUGAGAAGAGCUCAGCAACACAUGUGGUCACUGGCAUCACUUAUGGAGCAAAUGCUAUCUUUGUGUUUGACAGUAAGAAGUUAGAUGCUAGCAGCGUUCAGGACAUCGAGGGCAGCAUGGAAGCUGUGAUAAAGAAGAUUCCAUCAUUAGAUAUUGAGGGGAGUAUUGACCUCAAGCUGACUGAAGAAGAAAAAGCCCUGACAAACACAUUCUCCUGCAAAUUCUUCGGGGAUCUCCUCCUUGAAAGCAACCCUGCAACAUUUGCAGAUGCAGUGAAGACCUAUGUAGAGCUUCCAAAGCUACUGGGAGAAAAGAAAGAGAACGGUGUUCCACUGGAGGUCUGGCUGAUGCCGUUGACGACAUUUGGUUUCAACACUGCUGUGUCAAAUGAAGAUAUUGCAAAAUAUGAAAUAUUGAAGACAGCUCAAGAUGCUCAAGAACAAUUUAGGGAGAUAGAAAUCAGAUGCAACGAAUCUCUGGCUGACAGCGUGUCAGAUAACUUUCCACAGAUUCGCAAAAGUCUGAGAAGUUUCCAAAGACAGUGUAAUAAUUACACCUCUGAACUCCAACAGACCAUGGCAAAGACAGUCAUCUCCAUCCGUGAAGGCAAAGCAGAUACAAGCUCACUGACGAAACUCUUGCAUGACAGGGUCAAUUCACCAUUCAGUGAGGAAAAACUUAACCACUGGAUGAAACACAAAGAGAGAGAGAUCAAUGUCAUUAGGUCCUGUGUAGACAUGUUGGAGGGAACAAACACAAAGAUUGUCCCAAAUCAGUCAGAGUUAGAUGAAGAAGUUCUUGCUCGAGGUGUAGAAGAUGCUCUGUGCUUUGUCUUCACCUCUCUGGAAAGUGCUGACCCCUGCUUUGAUGCCAUGAAGAACUACUUGCAUACACAUGAAAUAAGAAGUACUGAUGCAAACCACUGGUACUUCUCAAAUGAAGUGUUUACCAACAUGAGAGAAAAAGCCAGUGAUUUCCAUGAUCUUGCCAAACCUCUCAAGAACAGCAGCACUGUCCGUUUUCUUGCAACAGCCACAGCAAAUGAGAAAUACAAAGGAGCGACCAUCUACCAUUACAAUCAGGGCAUUCGGGUCACUGAUGAUUUUUCAAGGCCUGCCGUCCCCCACGUGGAGUCGAUCACUGACAAAACUGCUUUAAUGUGGUAUGCCUGUGAUCUCUCCCUCAACCCAAAAACAGCUUACAACUACCUUCUUCUUUCUGAUGACAACAAGAAGGUGACACGAGGAGAGUGGCAGCAAUAUCCUGAUCACCCAGCGAGGUUUGAUUAUUGCUAUCAGGUGUUGUGCAAACAGGGGCUGACUGGGCGCCAUUACUGGGAGGUUGAGUGGAGUGAUGGUUAUAAUGAAGAUAAAGCUAUAGGUGUCGCAUACAAACACAUUCCAAGGAAAUUGAAUAAAGGAAGUUAUCUUGGAUAUAAUGCUCAAUCAUGGGUUUUUUGUGUCAAAAGCACAGAGCUCUUUACAGGGUACAAUUACGAUUGGCAGUAUCCCUCUUUGCCCUCAACUGGCCUCAAACGUGUUGGAGUGUAUCUGGACUGGCGUGCUGGCACUCUGUCCUUUUACAAUGUCUCCUCCAACAAACUGAGUCACAUCUUCACCUUCAAUGCUCAGUUCACACGGCCUGUUUACCCAGGCUGCUACAUUUACAGCAAUACCGGCUCUCUGUCCUUUGCCCCUGUAAAGUAA